UAUGCUUAAGUUUCAGCAUAUCCUAUUGUUCUGCCAAAAUCAUAUCAUAUUAAAACAGAUUGUGACAACCAAUCCCAUAAGAGUAGGUUUCCAGUGGCCGGCCCUCCCACUAGUUUUAGGAGUCUGGCUAAAUAUAAUAGACUUCUGCAAAAAUAAAGCAGCUUUAAAUCCUGCAUCAAAAUGUAUCAAAAAAUAUAUAAAUGAUUGAAAUAUAUUUACCUGGCAUUUAUAAGUUCACAAAAUAAUAGAAUACGUCAAGUUCAACGAAUACUUCUGCCAUUGCUCAGAUGGAUGACGUCCCCAUUGUUUUAGAUUGGCGGAUAUAUGGAGAAAUAGAGAAUUCUACCGAGGAUAACGUGAACAGGAAUUGCGAAUCAAUUUUUGGUCCAUGUUCGUGCUCAACGGGCUACCAAGGAAACCCCUAUUUUCGUGGUGGAUGUCAAGAUAUCAACGAGUGUGAGGAUCCAGAACGCCCUGAUGUAUGCGGUUCUGGUAAUAUUUGUAUCAAUUCUGAUGGGGGAUAUCUAUGCUAUGCCUCACAACCUCCGCCACUUAAACUGGGCAUUAUACUUCCUUGCAGUAUCGUUGGAUUGUUAGUUCUUAUCAUUGGCACUUGGUGGUUGCACAAAUUCAUAAAGAAAUGGAAAAACAUUAAGCGCAAGCAAAAGUUUUUCAGAAUCAAUGGUGGUUUGUUGUUGGAGCAACAAUUAUCUUCCGGUGAAGUUAAUGUUGAGAGGAUUAAAUUGUUCAACGAAAAGGAGUUAACAAAAGCCACAAAUCGGUUCCAUGUAGACAGAAUUCUUGGUGAAGGAGGACAGGGUACUGUUUCUAAAGGAAUGUUAACAGAUGGAAAAAUUGUUGCUGUCAAGAAGUCAAAAAUAGGAGAUGGAGGAGAAGUGAAUCAAUUCAUUAAUGAAAUUGUCAUUCUUUCACAAAUAAACCACAGAAAUGUGGUGAAACUCUUGGGAUGUUGUUUAGAGAGUGAAGUUCCUCUACUGGUCUAUGAAUUCCUGCCAAACGGUACCCUCUCUCGAUACAUUCACAGUCGUGACGAGGACUUUCCUCUUACAUGGGAAGUGCGGUUACGAGUUGGUAUUGAAGUUUCUGGAGCCUUCCUUUCCUACUUGCAUUCAUCUGCCUCAAUGCCCAUUUAUCAUCGAGACAUCAAGUCUUCGAACAUACUCUUGGAUGAUAAAUAUAGAGCAAAAGUUGCGGAUUUUGGGACAUCAAGGUCUGUUUCUAUUGAGAAAACGCAUCUUACCAUGACACAUGUAAAUGGAACAUUAGGAUUGGACCCUGAAUAGUUCCGGUCAAGCCAAUUUACGGACAAGAGUGAUGUUUAUAGUUUUGGAGUAAUCCUUAUCGAGCUCUUGACGGGGCAAAAACCAGUUACUGUGACAAGGUCACAUGAUGGGAGACAAGAAGGGAGAAGUCUAGCAACUUUUUUUAUUGUUUCCAUGGAGGAGGCUUGCUUGUUUGAUAUUCUUGAUGCUGAAGUUAUGAAGGGAGGUACAAAAGAAGAGAUCUUGGCAGUUGCUAAUCUUGCUAAACGUUGCUUGAAUAUGAAAGGAAAGAAGCGUCCCACUAUGAAAGAAAUAGCAGCAGAGUUGGAGAGAAUUCUGACAGCAAGUAGACCUUCUGAUACCCGACAUCACAUUACCGAGGUUGAAUGUGUCCAAUCGGAAAUAGCCGAAGCUUGGGAAGCUGUUUCUACAUCGACCGGGUCUCAUAUGAACCCCAGUUCGUCAUCGGAUGUACAAACACUACUGUAUUUCAAGUCAAUCUAA